CCUAAAAAUUUUCCUUAGUUUUUGUUUAGCUUACAUAACCCCUAUAUCCUAUCCAGACAUAUUCAAGUUAAUUUUCACAUGAAAAUAUAAAGAAAACUGAUCGAAUAUGGCGAUCCCUUAUAGUGGAACAUUUACGAGAUCAGGUGGUCUUGUUAGUGCAUUAGGGAAGCAAAUUAAAUUAAUCAAUUUAAAGCCAGUGAAAAAAGUAGAUAUUAGUUUUGAUCCUUUUCAUGCAAAUGCGACUGCAGUAAGGGAUUUAUUAUUUUACAUUUCUGGACCAAAAGUUAUAAGAACCAACCCAAAUUGUCGAAUCAAAACCAACAUUGUUACUGAUCGAAGUGAACCAUUUAUUAAACUCGACUUAACCACGAAUGGAAUUAUAAACCUGAAAGCGGGUAAUUUAACAACGUUAGAAUUGUUGCAACUUUUUAAUAAGCACGUUAGUUCGUUAGUCAAACCAGAAGAAGAAACAGAAAACGUAGUUCGAACAAAAUCAUCUAAGCCAAGCAAACAAACAAAAAGAAAGUAAAAAAAAUGGUGUCGAAAAAUUCACCGAAUGCAAAGAAUUAUAAGUUAAAAAUGAUUGAACAAAUGUAUGGACAAUUACCAGCAUUUACGGAUGUUUUCACCGAAGAAACAUUCUAUAUUACAGUUGUUUGUUU